AUGGAUGAUAUCAGAGCUAUGGAAGAUUCUUACGAUGACAAGGCCGGGAGUGCGGCAGAUUCAAGUGUUUUAAUUGACGUGAAACGGGUGCUUGGUGAAAAUGAGGUUGAGAAUAGUGAGGCACAUGAAAACGCAGAACCUGCCAACGGAACUUCAGAGUCGGAGCCUGUUGGAAUGGUGCACACCGAGAUUUUAGACCAAGAUAACCCGUUUUCGGUUCAACAGACGUCAAAGAUGCCUCAGAAUGGUACCAGUUUGAAAGACCCAAGAACUUUGUCCAACCCAAAUAAAGCAUUUCAAGACGAAGAGGACGUCGAACCAUUAGCUGUGCGGCGUGAAAGUCACAGUAGCAGCUCUGGAAGUAUUGAAAUGAGCCCCGAUACGUCGUGUCGCGAGUCCAGCAGACAGCAAUUGGGUGAUGAAGUGUACAUUUUGGAAGCCUCUAAGGCUUCCGAAGGUCAAGGUCGCACGUAUAUCGCGUACACUAUCAAGCAUGGAGAUGCUACUGUAAAGCGUCGUUACAGUGACUUUGAGAGCCUCCGAAAGAUCCUCAUAAAACUCUUUCCAAUGACUUUAAUUCCUCCUAUCCCCGAGAAACAGUCGAUUACUAGCUAUGGCAGAGCCAUGGCAGGUUCGAAAUCCAGUUACUUGCUGCCUUCCGAGGCUGCAGGAUCUGUUGAUUUGUCACUUUCAGUCAUCAAUGGGUCGGUGAAUACUAACGAUGAAAAACUCAUAAGACACCGCAUUAGAAUGCUUACAAGCUUUCUCAACCGACUUUUGAAAAAUGAAGAGAUCACGAAAACUUCGAUAAUAUCUGAUUUCUUGGACCCCAACAACGCUAAUUGGAAUGACGUUAUCACCAGUUCUGCUACUAUUUCUUCGCUGCCCAAAAGCGUUCUUCUUUGUAAUCCACUAGAUCCCACAAACACUACCAGGGCGCAUGCAUUCUUACCUAUCCCUUCAUCGUCGACACAACUACUUCUCAACAAAGAGAUUAUAGCCACCUCAGUGCAGGAUGAAACUGAAGACGGCUUUACAAAGAUAGAACAAGAGUAUCGCAAGUAUGAACAUAUUAUGGAAAAUGGGUUCUACAAAUACAACAAGCGCAUUACGAAAAAUCUGUACGCAAUUCGUCAAGAUAUGAAAGAGUUGAGCGAAGCAUUUGCUGGCUUUUCCAAUGAUCAAAAACGAGGAGCAGAAUUAGCGGAAGAUUUAUCACAUUUGAGUAACACAUUUGAUGAGAGUGCUUUGGAGCUGGAAUCUAUUGUGGGUAAGCUCUAUUAUAACAUCAAUGAGCCAUUAAGUGAAGCUGUGCACAUGGCAGGUGCUGCACAAGAAUUAUUGAAAUAUCGCAAACUCAAAUGCAUACAAAGAAGUAUAUUAGCUCGAACGCUGCUAUACAGAAAGGCGCAGUUAAAAAAGCUUCAAGAAAAGGAGACAGAAGCCAAAAAGAUCGAUAAAUUAGUUGAUCAACAAAUAGCACAAAGUGGUCACAUCAAUCUCAAGCAUCCGGAAGCAAGGUCGUACAGCGGUAAGUUCAUGAAUAAGAUCAACAAGCUGGCAACCAUUGUUAAGGAAUCCGUGAGUUAUCAGGACGCUGACCCCUCUGCCGCCAUUGAAAAUCUGGAAAAGGACAUAUCACAACUUACAGAGUCUCUAGAAGUCAGUGAGCGGGAUUUGAAAACAAUAUCAGCUACAAUCAAGGACUUUGAGCUUCCAAAGUUCUCCAAAAGCAGAAACAAUGAAGUUUCUGAUAUCUUGAAAAACUAUUCGCGGUAUCUGAAAUGCUAUGCUGAAAAGAAUCUGAAAAUUUGGCAAGAGGCUAAAGAGCAGCAAGGUGGUUAA